AAGGCAGGCGGUGGAACCACUGAGUUUAAUCCCCAGCCCCAUAAUCAUCUCUUAAAGGUCCUACCCCUUAAUACUGUUAAAAUGGCAGUGAGGUUGCAGCAUGAGUCUUGGAGGGGACAUUCAGAGCACAGCACAGGACCCUCCUAGAAAGGGGCUUCUUUUUCAGGCUGACUUGUGUUGUGUGGGAUGGAGUCCAUAGCACCCUCUUCUGUGCUGUAGCCCUCUACAGGCCUGAGUUCUGGGGUCUGAGCCCCUUGAGGAGAAAGAUGGAGCUGCCUCAGUGGCAGGGAGAAGGCAGCUUGGGAUUGGGGAAGAGAUAUUUGGCUGUCAGGUUGGGACUGGUUGAAUUUGCAGGGUUUACAGGGAUGUUUGUAGACAUCUGAGUGUGGUGACCCUGGAUAACUGCUGAGAGGAGGGGAUGUGCUUCCCUUUGCUCGGGAGCAUGCCAGGCAGCAGUGACACCUCUGAUGCUGAAUGCCCUUAGUGAUGAGGAGCUCAGCACUAUAGACAAUGCACAGGUUCUGAGACAGGGCCAGGUCCUUCUGUGAAGCCAGAAGUCUUUCAUCUUAGCUGUUAAAUGGGAACAGUGUCAUCUUCUGCUCAUAUGGGAGGCAGAGGAGCAUCUGGAGCCAGCCUAUCCAGGCGCAUGGCACUCCAUCCUAGCCUGGUGACCUAGUGACCUAGUGAUCUGUGCCUCAGUUUCCUCAUCUGUUACAUGGCAGUACUGUUCUGAGUUUCAUGUGAGGAUUACAUAGCUGCCAUGUGCCAUGUGUGCUGAGAACCCCCCAGGAGCUGCCAGAGGAGAGGCUGUGGCCGUUCUGUCUACUGAUGCCUUCAUUUCUCCUCUUGCUGUCUCGUGGUCCUGCAGGUGUGGGGGCCACCCCCUUUGAGGACAGCCCAGGUGGACCGGCCUGGCUGCAUAGCUGAGUGACUUAGCUCAGCACCCCCAGGGCUGGGAAAGGGCUGGGAGGGGCUGAGGCAGCCCUGGGGCUGACUGGGUGGGCUGCCUGGGCCUGUUUUGUCACCUUCGGUUAGGCCAGCCCUGUGGAGGCACGCCUUUCACUGCCCUCUUGCACAGGGUGGGGGCAUAUUUGGGGCUAAGCAUUUUGGAGGCUGCAUGCCACUCAGGACUCAAGGUAACCCCAGUCCUACUCUGCUGGUUCAAUGGGCAAUGUGAGACCUUCAAAGAGACUCAGACUGUUGGGCUGAGACCCGUGGCCUCAUGACACCUGAUGAGUAUGUGUGGAACUGUGGUCCAGUGUUAUGCAUUCCCUUUGUAGACCCAAAUAUUUUUAUUUUGUAUAUGGAAAAAAAAUUGUGUUUUGGUGCUGUGGGAUCAAACCCAAGGCAUCAUGCAUGUUAGUCAAGCUCUCUGCCACAGAGCCGCAUCCCCAACCAAACAAAUGUUUUUGGGAACAGGCCACAGGCUUCUCACCUGCAAAAGAGGUCCAGCAAAAAGUCUUGACCCUAUUCUCCAUCUCAUGGCUUGCAGGGCCAAGUCCUGAGGGACAAUGAGUCCCAGGGCAGACCCACGAAGAGGGGCCCAAUAUGGAGCUUGGCCAGCUGCAGAUGGCAGUGGUGUUGCAACAGGAUGGGAGAACAGGAGAAGACCUCCUUCCCUAGGCACCUGUGUCCACCCCAUAUCUCUGUCGAAAAUGCACUGGACACCGGAACACGCCCAGCCCCUCAACCAGUGGCCAGAGCAGCACCUGGAUGUCUCCUCCACCACCCCGUCACCAGCCCACAAAUUGGAGCUGCCCCCAGGGGGUCGCCAGCGCUGCCACUACGCUUGGGCACAUGAUGACAUCUCCGCCCUCACUGCCUCCAACCUCCUCAAGCGCUACGCAGAGAAGUAUUCUGGGGUCCUGGACUCGCCCUACGAGCGCCCGGCCCUUGGCAGCUACGGUGAUGCCGCCUUCCUCAAUGGAGCCAAGGGGGACACGGAUCCCUGGCCAGGGCCAGAGCCACCCUACCCCUUGGCCUCGCUGCACGAGGGACUCCCGGGAACCAAGUCGGGAGGCGGGAGCGGAUCCACGGGCCUCGGGGGCUCCCCGGUUUUAGCAGGGAACCUGCCUGAGCCCCUGUACGCUGCGCCGGGGGCCGCGGAGGAGACAUCCAGCAAGUACAGCGGCGGCGUUCCCCUCAAGGUCCUGGGCGCCCCAGUCUACGGCCCGCAGCUCGAGCCCUUUGAAAAGUUCCCGGAGCGGGCCCCGGUGCCGGGUCCCCGUGGGAGCUUCGCGGUUCCGUCGGGAGAGCCUUCCAAAGGUGUGGACGCCGGGGCACUGGAGCUGGUGACCAGCAAGCUGGUGGACUGUGGGCCGCCCGUGCAGUGGGCAGACGUCGCAGGUCAGGGCGCGCUCAAGGCAGCCCUAGAGGAGGAGCUGGUGUGGCCCCUGCUCAGGCCACCCGCUUACCCCGGCGGCCCCUGCCCGCCGCGGACCGUGCUCUUCUUUGGGCCGCCGGGCCUGUGCCAGCAGGCGGCGGCCGGGGCGGGCCUCCCGGGGCUGCAGCGCCCUCUCUCGUACAAGGACUUGGAGGUGGCGCUAGCCAAGGUGGGCUCUAGGGGCUCCCCCAAGGAGCUGGACUCGUUCGUGGAGUGGGACAAAAUGUACGGCUCUGGACACUGAUGGCGUCAGGGUGGCCGCUGGAGCCUCCUCUGCUUGGGGCGAAUGUUUUUGACCAAACCGGGCCCGGAGUGUGCCCGAUUGGCGCAUGUCGGGUGGGGGACGGGACUGCUCUGCUGGUGGAUUUUUUUUUCACGGAAAGGAAAAUUCUUCUGCCAGACAGAUUGAUGCCAUGUGCGCCGUGUACUCAGGUUUUUCCUAUUUAUUGUAGACGGGAAGCUCGCCAUCUCCGCCCGGCGGAAGGGGCAGACCCUGCAUGGGCUAAUACCCGGGUCUAAAGAACUCCUGCUCUCCUUUUGUUUCCCUCACUCUCUGAAUGCCACCCUACACCUCCCCCACUACCACUUCUCUGCAUUUGCUUGGUGUUCUUCCCGUCGCUUUGUCGCUGACCUCCCCCACCACGCUGUCGCAUUUCCUCUUCUGCUCCUCCCUCCUGUCCCCACCUCUCCCAUCUAUCACUCUCUGAGCUUCUGUUUGACCCGUGUGCUUGGGCGUCCCUGUGCCUCUUGGUCCCUGUGCUGUAAAGUCCCUCUUUGCCUUCUGUCCCUCAUUCUCACUGCAGUGUCCUUUUGCAGGAGAUCUGGAGGCCCAGGGCUGAGGAAGAAGGGAGUAGGGAACCCCCAUCCCACUCCCUUAUCUUAUCCAGCUGAAAAUUUGGAUCUGGGGAGGGGUAACAAGCCAAAACAAACAAACCAAAAAACCCCCCAAAGAAGUGGUGUUUGGGGGGGGGUUUGUUUUUGAGGGGGAAGUCCCAGAAAUGUAGCUUAAUAUUUUAGGCCUUUAUUUUUGUAAGAUGUGUAGAAUUUGCUGGUUUUUUUUGGUUGUUUUUUUUUUUUUUGACAACUCAGGAAGAAACUGACCUCGGAAAGAAUGUUAGACUUUGGCUGCUCUCCUGUGCGUCCCCCAGCCCCACCCCAGGGGAGCACAUUCUCCCAGAAGACUCAGAGACUUGUGGGGAGGACAGAGGAAGGCCCAGAUCCUCACUCAGACCUGGGGUGUCCCUGGGACAGAAACAGAAUGUAUUUCUAAGGGCUUCCUCCUCCCCACAACCCAGCCUAGAGGUGCCCAGGAGGGGUAUGAGAUUUGAAGGGGUAGAUCUUGCUUCCUUUCUGUUGCUCUUCCCUCUGCACCCCACCCCAGUUUCACCUUUUCUGUGAAAGGUUAUCCAGAGUUGGGGUUUCCUUGCUCAUUUCCUGCUCUAGCAAGAGUGCCCAAUAGGAAGGUGACACAAGCAGAAAGUCCCCAAGGUCAUCCCACCAGGCCCCUGCCACAUCAGGGGACCCCAGUUACUUAGGCUAAGAGCAUCAUUGCCUUAGGAGGGAAGAUGGUCUGGCCACAAGUCUGGGUCGACACAGAAUUGACUACUGGCCUUCAGCUGCCCUCUAUGCUGGCCACUCUGCAGAGGGGUGAAUGUCCCUCACUGGUAAUUGCUGGGUGGGGAAUGCCUCCCUUUGUGUCCUGUGUUUGCAGUUCCAAGGAGGUGGACAGGGUGAUUUUCCCUCACAAGGGAGUGAGGUGUGUGUGUGUGUGUGUGUGUGUGUGUGUGUGUGUGUGUGUGUUGGGAGCUUCUAGCCAGCUUGAAGCCCUUGACUCUGGGAAAUAUAUUCCUCUCUUCCCACCGAUUUUCCUUGAUGGGCUUAAAACCACCACUCCCCCACCUCACAACUCUAGGUCCAAGGGGGGAAGAUUCCCCCAUAUUCUUUUCUCUCCCCCUCCCAACCUCUUGUGGGUCCCUGCCUGCUCCUAUGGCUCCUAGUCUUGCCACUUUGCUCUCCUAAUGGAGGUAUGUGGAGGAGUUUCCAUGGGGCAUUUCAGGGGCCAGGAUGCUGAGGGCUGGUGCUGGCCUAAGACUGCUAAACAUGCUAAACAAAGCUGCUGUCUCUCCCUCCUCACCUUUGGCCUGCUUCUGACCCUCCUUGGAACCAGCUGAUUGACUGAAGAGCUUGGUGCCUCAGAAGCAGUGGCCACAGGAUUUGCUGCAAAAAACCCCCAGAGGGAGCAGGGAGUGAGGGGGUUCUCAGGUGUGUGUGUGGGAGUGAGAUGGAGGGUGGCAGGGACGUGGGGUUGGGAUCCCAGCUUGCCCUUCAGAGGCAGGCAGCCCUGGGUGUGGGCAGGAACUCUGACCAAGACCAGGGUCCUCUCUGCUUCCUCUGCUGGGAACUUCCCAUUCCCCAGGCUUGGGAAGGUUUGCACAAGAAGACAGCCCCCAGUCUACUCUUACCUACCUCAGGGGCACAAGGUGGGAAGGGUAGGGCAGGUCCAGCACUGGCGAUGUGGGGAGCAUACCAAAGAAUCCAGGGGCAUGGUGUUGGGAGGGCAAGCUGACCCUCUGCUUCCUCUACCCAGAUUGGGGUUGGGAUCCUCCUCCAGCUGUAACCAUUUCUACCUCAUUUUGCUGUGUGUUGUACAUGGGCGUAUUUAUCUCCUGUCUGACGAUGCUCUGCAGUUGUGGUCUGUCUACCUCAGAAGAGACUGUAUUUUAAAAGAAAGUAUUACACAGUAUUAAAGCGAUAAUGUG